AUGGAUAAGAAGAAAUUGAUUCGUUUCCAAAAAAACAAAUUGAUUGAAGAGGAUAAGACUGCUUGGAGGAUGGACGAAGAAUUUGCUAGAGAAAUGUUGGCUGGGGUCAACCCUAUCAAUAUCCGUCGACUCCAAGAGUUUCCACCAGCGAGCAAACUAGACCCAAGAGUUUAUGGUGAUCAAAGAAGUACCAUAACAGAAGAACACAUCAAGCAUAACUUGGAUGGGCUAACGGUGCAUCAGGCACUCAGCGACAACAAGUUAUUCAUAUUAGACCAUCAUGAUGCCUUCAUGCCUUACCUGAGGAAGAUAAACUCAUCAACAGAUAAUAGGAUCUAUGGCAGUAGAACCCUCCUUUUCUUGAAAGAUGAUGGGACUUUGAAGCCAUUAGUGAUCGAACUAAGCUUGCCUCAUCCCGAAGGAGAUCAGUUUGGCUGCACUAGCAAAGUGUACACACCAGCUGAACAUGGCGUUCAAAGCUCGAUAUGGCAACUAGCAAAGGCCUAUGUGGCUGUAAAUGACACUGGCUCUCAUCAACUUAUCAGUCACUGGUUGAAUACCCAUGCCGUCAUUGAGCCGUUUAUAAUAGCCACCAACAGGCAGCUGAGCGUGCUUCAUCCAGUUCACAAACUUCUGCAUCCUCACUUCCGUGACACGAUGAAUAUAAAUGCACAAGCAAGGCAAGUUCUCAUUAAUGCUGGUGGCUUUAUGGAGGCCAUAUUUUUCCCAACUCAGUUUGCCAUGGAGAUGUCAGCUAUGGUUUAUAAGAGUUGGGUUUUCCCAGACCAAGCUCUACCUGCAGAUCUAAUCAAGAGAGGGGUGGCUGUUGAGGACGCCAAUUCUCCACACGGUGUUCGCCUACUGAUAGAGGACUACCCAUUUGCUGUGGAUGGAUUGAAUAUAUGGUCUGCAAUAAAAACUUGGGUCACAGAUUAUUGCUCCUUCUACUACAAGACUGAUGAUAUGGUCCAACAAGAUAUUGAACUUCAGUCAUGGUGGAAGGAACUUGUGGAGAAGGGUCAUGGUGACAAGAAGAAUGAACCUUGGUGGCCUAAAAUGCGGACUCUUGACGAGCUCAUCGAAACAUGCACUAUUGUCAUUUGGAUUUCUUCGGCUCUCCAUGCAGCCGUCAACUUCGGACAGUUUCCCAUGGCAGGAUACAAUCCGAGCCGGCCAACUAAAAGCAGAAGAUUCAUGCCUGAGAUAGGAACCCCAGAAUAUGAAGAGCUCAAGACCAAUCCUGAUUUGGCUUAUUUGAAAACUAUUACUGAUCAGCUUCAUACUCUACUUGGUGUUUCGUUGCUGGAAAUUUUAUCUAAGCAUGCUAGCGACGAAGUUUAUUUGGGACAGAGAGACACACCUGGAUGGACAUCGGAUACAAAAGACUUAGAAGCCUUCGACAGGUUCGGAAAGAGACUAGCUGAAAUUGAGGAUGGUAUCAUGCGUAUGGAUAAUGACGGGAAGCUGAAGAAUCGAGUUGGACCGGUUAAGGUGCCAUAUACUUUGCUCUAUCCCACCAGUGAAGCUGGACUUUCUGGCAAGAGAAUCCCUAAUAGUAUCUCGAUCUAA